UCGGUACAAUUAGGCGAGGCACGACAGGCUUCUCAGCCGGAAGGAGUCGGGACCGGGCGCUGCCACGCCCCAGGGUGACGCUGCCACGUCCCAGCGCCGUUUGCAGCCCGGGGGGGCUGUUCCCGCACCUAUGCCAGGCAAGAGCUGCUUGACCCGGCACCCAGCCCAGGGAACGGCUGCCUGAUCUACCAGGGGCCAGGUGCCGGGCUCCAGCCUGAGCCGGGCUCCUCCCUGCUUGCACUUCCUCCUGCCCCGGCAGCUGGACGCAGCUCUGUGGGCUGCCCUCCGUUCGAGACGCUCUGGGACUGUUGCCCCACCACGGAAAACGCCUGCCUGCAGCGAACAGCCCUGGUGCACUGGUGCCACCCCUUCUGUCAGGGUGACGGGCGGCAGCAGUGAGACCCCGGUCUCCCAGAUUCCCCCCGGACCUCUCUGCCUCUGGCGCCCAGGAGCACACGGAAGGCUGCUUCACCCAGCUCCUUGGCAUGCGGACGCCAGCGGCGAUGAUCGUGGGAAUGGUACUGUGCCCCUGCGGGCUCGUGCUGACACUCACAGGCACACUGGCACCCAACUGGAGGCAGGUGAGCCUCAUACCUAACCAGCCUAUUGACCUUAUCUGGGAACAGGGUAUCUGGGACAUGUGCAGCGAGCGGCAGAGCAGCCAUGACCGCCUCUGCGGGCAGGCCGAUGAGCUGGGCUACUUUGAGAAGGUGCCUGUGCGGGCAGCCCAGGGGCUGAUGCCCGCCUCACUGGUACUCACUCUCUUAGGCUUGGUGGUGGCUGCCCUGGGGGUUCGCUGCUGGCGGACAGAGCCACGGCACAUACUGGCUAGUGUGGCAGGACUUGUGCUGCUCCUCUCAGGGCUGCUGAGUCUCAUACCUCCCUCCUGGUAUACCCAUGAGCUGUGGGCACUACCUGCACCAGCUGACAGCACACUGAUUGUAGGCUACAGUGUGGUGCUGAGCUACUUGGGAAGCUGCCUGGAGAUCCUGGGAGGGCUGGCACUCACCCUCAGCUUCCAUCACUGCUGCAAGGAGCACAGGACCCCUAAACUAACCCCCACCCCUAUGCCAGAGACUGGGCCGUCCUCCACCAUUGGGGCUUACCACAAUCCCUGGGAUGUGCUGGAGGAUGAACGAUAUGAACAGCACUGGAAGAGCACCCUGCCUUGUGACUCUGACUUGUAGCCCCAGCACAGAGACAGCAGUGGGCCUGCCAGCCUGGCACCGAGAGCCCCACUGGCUCCUGCCCAUCCUUGGGACACCUUCUCUUGGAGAACCUCAAAGCAGACUGAAAACAAGAUGCAGGAUCUGGCUUGAAUCUCUGCAACCUCCUCAAAAGCCUGCCUCACUCCAGGUUCCACAACUGUGCCAAAGCCAUGCUGGGUUGAAGACCAGCCCUAACUCCACACAGCUUUUAGCUCAUCCUCCUGCACCCUGCAGCAGCUUGGGCAAUGGCAGCUCUGAUGGUCCCACAUGAGCAAAGUACUGGUUAGCCUCACACAGCCUUCAGGGCUCAGAAUAGUGGAGGGGAACACCUCCCAUGUCUCUGCUCAAGUUGAGGCCAUACAAAUAGCAAAAGAAAUGAGGAAGAUCAGGUCUCUGCUGUAGGAUGGCUGUGGGCUCUCUGCCAUGCAGGCUGGGCUGGGAGCCAGUGGUUAUGGCUAACCCAGCCCCACUGUGCUUUGCCUGAAGCAGAGAGAAAAGGUCUGUGAAAGUGGAGAGGUAGCUUUUAUAGCACAUUCCUCAUGGACUUUCCCCCUGUGGUCAAAAUCAUCUCUGGAAGAGGUUUCUCCUUCCUUGAGCACAGCAGUUUCAGGGAAAACAAAACCAAAAUACAAAGAAAUCACUAGGGAAAAAAUAACAUACAUUUGCCUUUUCCUCAUUAAAUUGGU